GACUCAUCGUAUCGUAACAGUUAACAAAUAUGAUACUUUGUGUUUCUUAAGAACACAUUUAAGCUGAAGAUAGGAUGAUAUAUUUAAUGUGAAUAAAGACUAAUAUUUCUACUUAGUUGAUAGCACCUGUAAGGCCUCAUAGUGCCGCUGUUCUUGAUUUGUAGGUCACGUUACUACGUGAAGAUGAAUGUUAGGAAUGCUAGACCAACCGACUUGCUUAACAUGAGAGAUUGCAAUCUAGAUUGCUUGCCGGAAAACUAUCAAAUGAAGUACUAUUUUUAUCAUGGUUUAUCUUGGCCACAAUUAUCAUAUGUAGCAGAAACAGAUAGUGGGGAGAUUGUGGGCUAUGUCUUGGCAAAAAUGGAAGAAGAUCCAGAAGACGUCCCUUAUGGACAUAUUACUUCUUUGGCAGUCAAACGGCCAUAUCGGCGAUUAGGGAUUGCUCAAACGCUGAUGAAUCUGGCAUCAAGAGCUAUGGUAGAAAAUUUUCACGCUAGAUAUGUCUCUCUUCACGUUCGGAAGAGUAAUAGGGCUGCACUUACUCUCUACAAAAAAACUCUACACUUUGUAGUAUCAGAUAUAGAACCUAAAUAUUACGCCGAUGGUGAGGAUGCCUACGCUAUGAAAAGGGACCUUAAGACAUUAUGGGACAAGUAUGGGCCUUCAGAUGUUCCUUUCAAAGAAUCGAAAAGCAAAAAUACUCAAUAAAUAUAUCACAAUACUUUCUUCUAAUUGCUAGUUCUUAUCAUCUUUUGGCUUAUGCGGUUUCAUUCAAGCGAUUGGUCACUGGUCGACAAAACUGCUGUUCAUAAAAAUAUAUAAGAAUAUAUGGGUUUUUCAAAAACCUCAAACAUGGAAAUUUGAUGACAUUGUUUAGUUAUAGAUUAUUGUAAUUGUAAGGCCAUAAAUGUAUUGCAUGGCUUUAAUAGUUUGAGUUUAUGUAGUAUAUCGCCAACUUGGAUAACUUUACUUGUCCGAGCUAUCUUAAAUUUUUUCCAGCAUAAUAAACUAACACAGUAUCUAUAACGGCGAGACUAUAAUUUAUGGACAAACCAGUCAAAUUUAGGAUGAUAGGUCUUGGAUUUCGGUGUGAGAUUCAUUCAUCCAAUUGUCUAAAUAGUGUCCUGUCAUUUUAGCUGAUAUCAAAUGUAAAUCAUAAUUCUUACUUUUCAUACUGCUUUAUAACCAUCAUUUGGCCCUAGUAAGUGGACAUUCCCAAAGUCACUUUAGCGUCGUUCAAUGUCGUCCAUAAAUUAUAGCUUCACUUCUAUGACUACUUAAAAGUGUUCUCAAUUUAGAUAGUAGCUGGAGGUUUAAGUGAGAUUUUGUAGUGGUUCUACAAGUUUUGAAUUGUAGUGUGAC